AUUAGUACUAGGGCUAAACGUAACUUCGGCCACAACGUUCUGCUUUUUUUGUUUUUGAAUUUCGGAACAAAAAAUGGAACCGAAGAUUGAGAAAUUCUUCGAGCCUGUUGUGUUGACUCCGUUUCAAAGUACCCCUUCUCUUGAUCGGCAGUUUCAAAGUAUCCCUUGGUCCGAUGCCGACUCCGUCGCUGAUUGUGAAAGAGAGGCUGCUGAGGCUGAGAAAGGCUCCUCUGAUGAACGUAAAAGUGAAUGUCAGAUGAAGUUGUCAUGGGCUCUUGUUCACUCAAAAAGACCGGAAGAUGUGCUGCGCGGGAUUGCUAUGCUUGAUAGUGGGAAAAUAGAUGUGGCAGUUAGCAUCCCUCCGUCUUCUCUGGCUGUUUUUAGCAGCCCACUGCAAAUGAAAGAGAAGGUCUAUCUUCUGGCUGUUGGACAUUACAGAAGUGGAGACUAUACAAGGAGCAUGCAGCUUGUUGGACAAUGUUUGGAGAUUGCACCUGAUUGCAUGCAGGCUCUGUCCCUAAAGAAAGCAAUUGAAGAUAAGAUCACCAUAGACCAAUCUCAGUUCUCAUCUCAUCAACCUUCAGAAACCAUUGAUUUGCAACAUCCCAUUAUGCAAAAGAAAAAGAAGGGUCAAGUGCAAACGAGGGAAAGGAAUCCUAAUUGGACUAAGGAAGAAGAUGAAGCACUUUGUAGAGCAUGGUUGCGUAUCCCGGAAAAUCCAACAGAUACUGACUAUACAGGAGCAAGGUUAUGGGAUCGAAUUCGGGAAGAGUUUAUUGACAUAUUGGGUUAUGAGGCAGAUAGGGCUAACACGGGUUUGAUGCACCGUUGGUCAAGCAUUCAGCCCCGCCUUAUCAAAUAUUCCGGAUUUGUACGCUCAGUAGAGGGGGGGACUCAUACCAGUGGCUAUAAUGGUGAAGGAUUGAUAGGAGCUGCAAAACAACUGUACUACAUAUCUGAGGGUCGCCCUUUCAAAUGGGUUGGCUGUUGGUUAAUCCUUAAAGAUUCCACAAAAUGGAAUAGCUAUACCCAAGAGCAUGAAUGCAAGAAACAUAAAAUUGCACGAAGGAAGAGAGAUGGUUCGGAUUUGGAUGUUGAGCAAACUUUAGAUUCUUUGAAUCCAUCAACUCUUGCAACACUGGGUUCAAAUGCAGGUUCAGUUAGCCUUGACAAUGGGAAUUCACCAUUGAGCCAAGGAUCACAUGAAUUGCCAAGACCCCUUGGACGAAAAGUGGUGAAGAAAAUACACCGAAAGAAGAACCUUGAUCACUCAGAGGCUUUGAAGUUCUUUGCGGAAGAAUUUAACAAUUUGAGAAAGGAGCAAAAAGAGAUUGCUGAACAAGAGAUCAAUAUGGCAAAACAACGAGAACAAAUGAAAAUACAAGCGAAACUCGAACUAGAGCGGAUGAGGAUUGCAGCGAAACGUGAGAAAGAAGACAUGAUUUUUGAGAAAGAGAUAAUGAUGGCUGAUCCGAAUUCGCUUCCUACCGAAGAAGGGAAAGCUUGGGUCAUUGCGCAACAAAAGGCGAUUUGGAGGGCGGAGUCUAAACUCGAACGAGAGCGAAUGAGAUUUGAAGCUAAACACGAGCAAGAGAGGAUGAAGUUGGAGAAAGAGAUCAUGAUGACUGAUCCCAAUUUGGUUCCUACCGAGGAAGGGAAAAUUUGGUUUGUCGCACAACAAAAGAAGAUUUGUGCGCGUUCGGUGCAAGGGGUAUAAGAGAUGGCUCAAGUCGCGUGUUUGAAACUGGUGGACUCCCCAAACCCGACUGACGUUUAAAAAAAAUUGUUUUUAUUUGGCCCGAACCCAACUGAUAUACUUAUUUGAAACUGCCCGUGCACCCUUUUAGACGGCUCGGAAGUGUGCAGUACGGUGCUGUGUAUCUCACUGCACAGCACUAAUCUGAAGUCCCCCUUUUAGUUGGUCGAGCCGGGUUGGUUCUUAAGGUUUUUUUUAUUUAAAUUUCGCGUGUUUUGUUCGUAUUGUCCAAAUUU